CCAGUGAGAGACAGACGUCCAGUUUAAGACGCGACAAUGGCAACCUGGGUGCUCUCUCUCCUUUGUGCUUUCGCAGUUCUCUCGCUUUCCUCUGCCUGUUACAUCCAGAACUGCCCCAGAGGGGGGAAGCGCUCCCUUUCGGAUGCUGUCCCUAGGCAGUGUAUGGCGUGCGGUCCUGGGGAUAAAGGUCAGUGUUUUGGCCCCAACAUCUGCUGUGGAGAAGGACUGGGCUGCCUGAUCGGAUCUCCUGCGACGGCUCGCUGUUUGGAGGAAGAAUAUCUGCCCUCGCCCUGUGAGGCUGGAGGAAAACCUUGUGGAUCUGACGAGGGGCGCUGCGCUGCGCCUGGGGUUUGCUGCGACUCAGACGGGUGUACUCUGGAUUCAGACUGCAUGGAUGGAGGUGAACACGAAGAUAUAGCUGAAAGGAAGAGCUUCCUGGGUGGGUCGCAGGGAGAGCUCCUAUUGCGCAUCCUCCAUCCGGGCAGGGCACGUGGUCCAUACUAAACUUCUACACCUACAUCCGUUAACAAUUACACUCGCAGGGCCUGGAUAAAGCUUACCCACACAAACAUACACUCACAGUGUAUUGCUAACAAAAGUAGAUCCUUUUGUUUUUACC